GUCUUGCCAUCUUAGCUACCGCCACGGGUGUCGUGAUAGACGUCCGCAAAUCAAGGGGGCGACCCCCUGCCGAACGGCCAUGUCGCCCUUCUCGUUCCUGUCCAGCUUCACCUUGCCCAGCUUGAGCUCCGUCAAUGCAUAUAUCCCGAAUCUAUCUCUACCGGAAAACAUUCAAAAGAAGCUGGUCUCUUUCGUACUCAGGAGGACACUUGGAAAGUUCGUCCAGCAUGAUGGGCUUCUCGGUGACAAGGUCGAGACCCAGGUAGCUAGUGGCAGGAUCGCUUUCGGACGUCUCGAGCUCGACCGACAAGCUAUCAACUCUUACCUUCCCCCAAGCAUACCCCUGACCGUCACUUCAGGCUAUAUAACCGAUGCCGACAUUCAACUUCCGUUUCCCAACCUCCUAUCUGCACCUCUUGACAUAUGUAUCGGAGAGGUCCAUUUGAACCUAGCUCUUCGAGAAGUGGUCAAGGGCGGCGAAGAAGAUAGAGAAGUCGAGCGGGAAUCCAACUUGGAGCGGUCGGUCUGGGCGGUUACUGGGGAGUUCCUCUCCGAAUCGCUCUCUCCCGGGGAGAGGCAAGACCUCUCGGAAUCGAUAGCUCUACCAUCCGAGGGCAGAGAGGGUCUGGAGGAAUCUAUCUAUCACGCUCCUGGUGGUUUCCCGGUUCCGAAACCAGACUCUGUCGCAGAUCCCCCUUCGGCGUCGAUACUAGCUUCGGUCAUCGAGAGUAUCCUCUCUCGUCUGCACGUAGACGUCACAAGUAUUACCAUCAGGUUGAAUCUGCCUUCGCCUCCGGAGGUCGUUCAGGAGCAAGCUCGCGACCUGGAAGAGUCGGACAUCUCCAUCUCUUCUUCACGGCAGGUGCAGGCGGUUCCUGAAGCGGUAGAGAUCAAGCUAGAGAGAAUCUCUUACGGCUUGGAUGGCUCGGGAGGGGAGAAGAUGCGCAAGAUGCGAGUGGCCGACGUAGCAGUAUGGAUUGUCGCCAAAGAUCCCAAGGAUGUGGAAGAGAUCCGCGACAGUGUUGCUUCUACAUCGUCAAGCAGUCAUUCCGGUCAGAAGACUGAACCCGGCGGAUCGGGCAUCACGGGUCAACCGUAUGGGCGAUCGACCAUGCUGGGCGAAGCAGAGAGCCUAUAUGAGAGCGCCCUCGGUUCGUCUAAUGCUGCUGAGGAGCAGGAACAAGUCAUCGACCCAUUCGGUUCUCCAACCGGAUCCAACUACGAGUCUGGCUGUAUCGACGAUGAAAAAGGGGAACAGGACUGGACACCCCAUCGGAUAUGUUCGUUCGGGAAGUCAGGCGCGGAGUUGAGUUUCCAGGCAUUGCAAGAUGGCACGACUCGACCAAUUACUCGUUUGGAGCUCGGGGACAUCCAGCUGGCAUUGUCAAUCAGCGAUGUGGAAAUACUGAUAGGCCUGGUUUCGUCAUGGACCUCUCGUAUACCUCGUUCAGCCGGUCAGGAUACCGCCGUACCAUCUGGCUCCGGCUCGACCCAAGCGGUGGUACAGAUUGCUAGUAUACGAACCUCGCUAUAUCUAACAGAAGCGAACCAAUCAGGUCUGAUUUUCUGUACGGAUAGAACGGUGGAUGGGACCCUUCCUCCUAGGACGGCUCUUAACCUGGUCCUUGACCUGGUCCUUGACCAGAUCACAGUCUCCUCGGACGGAGAUGCGACCCGUAUGGACGUCGCGGAUAUCAAGCUCGUCUGGAAUCAAUCAAGACAGGAGGGAAAGAUGGCAACACCUGUCACGCUCAUCUCCCUAUUUUCGGUGGGCGAGGAAAAGUCUAUGUCGGAUACAGGUGACAAAGGUCCUGAGAACGACGUCCAGUCAGCCACCCUCAGACCGAAAUGUCAUUGGGACCGGCCUCCUCUGCGGGAUGGAACACGUACCGUGCAGGCAGGCUGUACCAUCGAGGUUCAGCAGGGUUCUGGUGAGCCAUGCUUCAAUUUCGGCACCGGGACGUACGGCUGACUUGACACCUGAAUUUCAGUCAGUACGGCAAUCCCGGGUGUUGAAGUUUCCCUUGACCUUGCUGUGGUGGAAACCAUGAUGCCCUUCCUCCAUCAACUCUCUACCGUCUUUGCCCAAG